GCUGCUUGUCAGGAAGAAAGAGCUGCUGUGUUGAGGCCGAACGCUCAGACACAACCAGGAGCAGGGCGACAGCGGAAUACCUCUUGAGGAGAUGUAUACUUUCAUGGACACUCUGAAGGCGUUUUCAACUAGCUGAGCGGCGGCGGAGCACCCUCGAGUCCUGCUGUGGAGGCCGCCGCGGUUCGGGUCCCCCCCCCCAACCUCGGUCCCUGUGUCGCUGCCUGCUGGUAGCAGUAAUCCGGAGCCGCUGCUGGUAACUGCACUGAUAGGAAGACUGAAGCUGCCGUGUGGCGACGCAGCCACAAACCUCUCCGAGAUUUAAGUGUUUACCCACCCCCGAGGGAAACACAGCCACCCGGCUGUUGUUUGCCGGUAGCCGGUGGUAACUGCCGCCGCUGCUAGACGAGCGGACACGGCUCCAACUACAUGGAACGAGUCAGCAGCGGACCGCCGUCUCGUUUUGCGCAAGAGGAGCUGUCCUGACCGAGCCGAGCGCACCGCUCUCCGUCCGCACGAGCAGCGCCGGGAUUUAUUUCACCGAGGCGUCCUGACAGCAGCAGUUUGGAGCCUCUUCGCAUCAGACAGGUGAAAUCCAGGAGUCAUGCUGUUUACCGCUGUGACAUGCUGAAUGUAGUCAUUGUUGGACAGCGGGCGGCUGAAUCGCUCAAGCUCCUUCACUUUUCAUGUGAAUGAACGACCCGAGGCCCACAGACUGUCUGAAAACGUGACAUGAAUCAGCCUGGACAACAGCUGCUACCCACAUAGAGGUCACCUCACCUCUCUUUCCAUUUGCUGCGGUCCAGAGGAUGCUGGUGAUGUGUCGCGGGCGCAGGAAGUUCCUGGCGGCCUCCCUUGCCCUGGUCUUCAUCCCAACACUCACCUGGUUUUACCUGUCGGUUGGGAGCUUUCAAGUGAAGCCCCUCCCCCUGUCUCCCCUGGAAGUCCAGUCAUCAACGGCGGUGGGCGCAGCUGGCGAGCGGCAGGCCUUGGAGCUGCGGGUGAGGGCGGUGGAGGAGGAGAACCGGGCUCUGCGCCGGGAGCUCAGCCAGCCGCCCAGGAGCCCGCCAGCACGCCUACCAAACGGCACUCACCGUGGCAACCAGAGCCGAGCCCACUCGGAAGAGGGCACCGGCGACAAUGAGGGCCAGAAAGCAGCUGCUGUGGGGAACAGCUCAGACUGCGCGCAGCAGCUGGUCGUGGACAAAUGUGAGACCAUCCACGUGGCCAUCGUAUGUGCUGGUUACAACGCCAGUCGAGACGUGGUGACACUGGUUAAAUCAGUCCUUUUCCACAGGCGUAACCCGCUACAUUUCCAUUUCAUCACCGACUCCAUCGCUCAGCUGAUCCUGUCCUCGCUGUUCCACACCUGGAUGGUUCCGGCCGUCAGGGUUGAUUUCUACGACGCAGACGAGUUGAAGAGCGAGGUGUCGUGGAUCCCUAACAAACAUUACUCUGGGAUCUACGGUCUGAUGAAGCUGGUGCUCACCAAGACGCUGCCGUCCGAUCUGCAGAGGGUCAUCGUUCUGGACACAGACAUCACCUUUGCCACUGAUAUUGCUGAACUUUGGGCUGUCUUCCACAAGUUCAAAGGUCAGCAGGUUCUGGGUCUGGUGGAGAACCAGAGUGACUGGUACCUGGGGAACCUGUGGAAGAACCAUCGGCCCUGGCCAGCUCUGGGCAGAGGCUUCAACACUGGGGUGAUUUUGCUUCUCCUGGAUCGGCUGCGGAAGCUCCGAUGGGAGCAGAUGUGGAGGCUGACUGCUGAGAGGGAACUAAUGAGCAUGCUGUCCACCUCGCUGGCAGACCAGGACAUCUUCAACGCCGUGAUCAAACAGAACCCUUUCCUGGUUCACCAGCUGCCGUGCUUCUGGAACGUCCAACUGUCCGAUCACACGCGCUCCGAGAAGUGCUACAAAGAUGUUUCAGACCUGAAGGUGAUCCACUGGAACUCUCCCAAGAAGCUGCGGGUGAAGAACAAGCACGUUGAGUUUUUUCGGAACCUCUAUCUCACCUUUCUGGAAUACGACGGCAACCUGCUACGGCGAGAGCUGUUUGGAUGUCCCAGCGAGGCUGACCACAACAGUGAGAAUCUCCAGAAGACUCUGUCGGAGCUGGACGAAGACGAUCCCUGCUACGAGUUUCGUCGAGAGCGAUUCACCGUCCAUCGCACACACCUCUACUUCCUCCACUAUGAGCACGAAUCCAGCUCUGACAACACUGACGUCACGCUCGUCGCUCAGCUCUCCAUGGACAGGCUCCAGAUGUUGGAGGCCAUUUGUAAGCACUGGGAAGGCCCCAUCAGCCUAGCCCUGUACCUAUCCGAUGCCGAGGCCCAGCAGUUCCUGCGUUAUGCUCAGGGCUCCGAGGUGCUGAUGAGCCGCGGGAAUGUAGGUUACCACAUCGUCUACAAAGAGGGACAGUUCUACCCAGUCAACCUCCUGCGCAACGUGGCCAUGCGGCAGGUCAACACACCCUACAUGUUCCUUUCUGACAUCGACUUCCUACCCAUGUAUGGCCUCUACGAGUAUCUCAGGAAGUCAGUGGUGCAGCUAGACAUGGCCAACACCAAGAAAGCUCUGGUGGUUCCAGCCUUUGAGACGCUGAGAUACCGCCUGUCCUACCCAAAAUCUAAGGCUGAGCUGCUCUCUCAGCUAGACAUGGGUACACUCUUCACCUUCAGGUAUCAUGUGUGGACCAAAGGCCACGCACCGACUAACUUUGCCAAAUGGCGGACCGCCACCACGCCCUACAGAGUGCAGUGGGAGGCCGACUUUGAGCCCUACGUAAUGGUGAGGAGGGACAGUCCUGAGUACGACCGCCGCUUUGUGGGCUUCGGCUGGAACAAGGUGGCUCACAUCAUGGAAUUGGAUGCACAGGAGUACGAGUUUGUGGUUCUGCCCAAUGCCUACAUGAUCCACAUGCCCCACGCACCCAGCUUCGACAUCACUAAGUUCCGCUCCAACAAGCAGUACCGGGUCUGUCUCAAGACCCUGAAGGAGGAGUUCCAACAGAACAUGUCGCGGCGCUACGGCUUUGCCGCGCUCAAGUACAUGACGGCCGAGAACAACAGCUAGCCACCACUGCAGACCCUCACAACCCCAAAGUCGAACUACUGAAUGCACUCCAGAGCCUGGGGGGUG